AUGAAGUUUAUUUGCGAAGUGGUGAUAUUAUCAUUGUCAAUUAUAGUAAUACAAUCGAGCAUCACAUUCUCACAAGAACUUGGAAGUCCAAAUCAUAUCAAGACAACUACUUUUUAUACCAAAACGUUCGUACUGGAACCAGGAAAGGUUAGCAGACAAACUUUUUUUGAUGUUGAGUUUCCAAGAGGCCACAUUGGAAUCAAGAAUUUACAAGCCGAACUAGUUGAUGAACAUGGAAACUCUAUACCACUGUAUGAGGCUUACCUGCACCAUUAUUUUGUUUUAAGAUAUUUUGAAAAUAUCACCAUGUCACAACAUGCUAAUAAAAGUCAACCUAAUUACGGUAAGUAUUUUAAGAGAAAUGAUGGUGCAUGUCAAACUUUCGUUAAUUCAAUUUCUUGGGGUCUUGGAGUUGACGCACGAAGAACUAGUACAGAACUACCAGAUCCAUUUAGAGUAGAAGUAGGUACGCAUCCUGAGGAUGUUCCAAAGGAGUAUGAUGAAGAGAAAUGGUUAAUCAAUAUUUUGGUCAUUGACACACGUGGUGUAGAAGACAAGAAAGGUUGCUCCCAAUGCAGAUGUGACCUUUUAGACGUCAAAAGUAAAGAUUUGACAAACACAACAGGCAUUGAUGGAACACCAUUGUCUAGUGAUUACAAAGGAGGAAUUUUUUGUUGCGAGAAGAAGUCUCAAUGCAAAUUACAACAGGGAUACAAUGAAAAACAAAAGAGAAAAGUUGCUAUUAAAUAUACAAUAUCAUGGGUUGAAUGGGAUCAACAGCAAGUGCCUCUUAAGUUUUAUAUUCUUGAUGUUACUGAUCAAGUCACAUAUAAUGGAUCCGAACCAAUUCAUCAUUGCGCGGUAGAGUAUUCUAUAAAUCCAGAAAAGACUGAUGAAGGACACUACCAUAUUAAGAAAACAAAUAUUCCAAUGACAAAAGGUGGUAGUCUCAUCUAUAUUACUGCUCAUGUACAUUCAGGAAUUGUUAAUGCAACUUUAUAUGGAGAGGAUGGAAGAAGAUUAUGUGAAAUUAAGCCAAUAUAUGGAACGGGAAAAGAUGCAGGCAAUGAAGAAGGUUAUGCUGUUGGAGCGUCUGGUUGCUAUCCAAAACCAGGCUCUAUGAAGAUUAAAGAUGGUGAAAAUUUAACUGCAGAAUUUAUACAUGAAAACAAAUAUACCACUGGACUUAUGGGGCAUUUCUAUGUCUAUUUGGCAGAAGACUUACCAAAAUCUUUGUAA